AUGAUACCAUCAUUCUGUACGCAGUUAGACGAUGAUGAAGACGAUCUAAAAUCAGCCAGACAGAAAUACCGCCUAAGUGGAAGAGGUGCGAUUUCGAUGAAGUUUAAAUUUCAUGAUAAAUAUAAAAAUGUACACAUAGAUGAAAACAUCCACAAAGCGCAAGUUAACAGUUGUAACUUUUAUCCUGUCGGGGAAUACUUAAGAUUUGUAAGAAUACCAGAAAACUUGAGAGUCGGCGAUGAAGUCCUACAAGUUGAAGUGCAUCCAAGAAAAGACCUGGUUUUGCAAGCUGUAGACAGGGAAGAAGAUGCUGCACUGUUUACAUACCGCGACGUGAAUAGGACUCAUGUAGCCGUUGUUCUAGCACAGAGUGUUGAUGACCUGGUGGACUCAGACUCACCGCAGAAUGUCGUCAAAUUCAGAUUAGGCUGUGAUUUUGAUGCUGGAGAUGAUUUGAUUUCGGCGUUUCUUUCAGUGACUGUUUACAUCGAGGACAUCAAUGACAACGUUCCUAUAUUUUUGGAUUCUCCCUACAGAGUAAGCGUCGAUGAACUUACACCAACAGGGUUAACAAUUUUCAGAGGAAUACGAGCGUUCGACCGUGACAAGCCCAAUACUCCUAACUCUGAUGUACAAUACAGCAUAACAUCUGGUGAUGAGGAGAACCGCUUUUCACUGGAAAGCUCGCAUAAACCUGGACUUAUUCUCAAAAAAUCCCUAGAUUUCGACUCUGGAGACAGGGAGUUCUGGCUUACUAUUACAGCUUCAGAUCGCGGUUCUCCUCCUCGCAGUUCCAACACAACUGUUCAUAUUAUAGUGCAGGAUAAUGAUGACCUUCCUCCAAAAUUUACUAUGGAUGUAUAUAAAACUAAGAUACCUGAAUUUUAUCCAAUAUUGGGCAAAAGAGUUCACCAGGAACUUGUUUUCGAGCAGCCGAUACGCGCGUUCGACCAGGACACAGGUGUUGCUGCUCCUGUGAGGUAUGAACUUGUCUCCGGGAAUGAAAGAAGACUCUUUUCACUCAGCCCAUUAAAUGGAAGUUUAUUUCUAAAUAAGGAAAUUGAUUUGGAUUCUGAAACUGCGUUGCCAGGCAACACAUUCAUGCUACAAAUACAAGCAGCUCAAGUGGACAAUCCUCUAAAAGCCGCCCAAGCUAGAGUGGAAGUGGAAAUAUUUGAUUUAAAUGAUAACCUUCCAGAGUUUGAGGUGGACUUCUACAAUAUAAGUAUUGUGGAAAACUUGCCAAAUGGUUUCAGUGUUCUUCAAGUGAUGGCCAGUGAUAAAGAUCAGGGCGAUAAUGGAGAAUUUACCUACCAACUAAGCGAUGCUAAUGGAGCUUUUUCCAUAGAUCCUAGAAGCGGAUGGUUAACUGUCAAAAAUCAAACUGUAUUAGACCGAGAGUUACAUGCAUCGCUUCGUAUGAAAGUGUACGCCAAAGAGAAGAACCCAAGCAUUGUUGGAACAUUUCUUGACAAACAAAGACUGUCCAAGUGGAAAAGAAAUCCAUCUCCUAAAUUGCCAAAUACAAAAGAGAAAACUACCUAUGUCUUUCCAGAUAGAAUUGGAAACAAUAAUGAAAAUAUAGAAUAUUUUGAUGAUAUUCAUCAAUUAUUAUCUUUAGUAACUGUAGAAGUAACACUUUUGGAUGCUAAUGACAAUAAUCCUAUUUUUAUUCCGAGCAACUUAUACGAAUUUAGUGUGAAAUCAAAUGCAAAGGUUGGAACAGAAAUUGGAAUAGUUCAGGCAGUCGAUCCUGACCUGGGAAGGAAUGGAAUGGUGCUAUAUGAUUUGCAAAGAACGAGUAAUUUAACUAUUACAUCCCCUUUUCAAGUUGAUGCUAAGACAGGUGUGAUAACCUUAGCAGAGUCGCCAGUUAUGGAAGGAAGGCAUGCUUUAUUUAUAGAAGCUUCUGAUCAACCAGCGAAUCCCAGUGAAAGACGAUAUUCCUUAGCGGUUGUAGCUAUUGAUGUUUUUAAUGUAAAUAAAGGAUCUAAGACAGACAGACCAGAUUUUAUUGGAUCUCCAUAUGAGUUUUGGGUAGGAUCCAAUGUUGGUAUUGGUACUAGUAUUGGACAAAUCAGAGUAAAUGAAGCAAUGCAGAAAGGCGAACUAUCAUAUGACCUUUUACACGGCUAUGAAGAAGGAGUACCAUUUGCUGUUGAAGAACGAUCUGGAGUAAUAACAGUUGUAGAUGAACUGUCCAAAUUUGAUCGUCCAGUUUAUGACUUCGAGGCUGUAGCCAUACAAGAAAAGUACAAUUUCUCAAUCACAACAAAUGCCACCGUCCACGUAGUAGACGUAAACGACGAGAGAGGUGUAUUUCUAAAAGGAUCACAUUCUCCACUAGUAUUUCGUGUUAAAGAGAAUGUUGCUGGUGCAACCAUUGGUAGGAUAUUUCCUAUCAAUAUAAACGUUGGUGAAAAUAAUACUCGAAAAUUUCAAUUUAUUAUUGCUAAUCAACAAGAUGUUGCUGAAGAUAUCGCAAUAGGCGCAGAUGGAACUAUUUUUACCCAAAAACCUUUAGAUAGAGAAAAAAGAAGCAUGUAUGCCAUGACUGUAAUAGCUGAAUAUUCAAAAAGCGCAAUAGCCGGUGCAAGCUUAUACCAAAUAACGAUAAAUGUUGAUGAUGAAAAUGAUAAUCCACCAAUAUUUGAACUACCAGCAUACGAAGGCACAAUCACUGAAAAUGCCGCAAAAGGGACGGAAGUAAAUUUAACAAAUAAAAUUAAAGCCAAAGACGCAGAUAUUGGCGUCAAUUCAAUAUUCAGUUACAUGCUUUUUGGGGAUGGACAUGACUUAUUUAGUGUAGAUGAAAAAAGUGGAACAGUUACAUUUAUGGGAAAUAAAUUGGAUCGGGAAGAGAAAAGCGUAUAUCAUUUAAAAAUUGUCGCUAGAGAUAAAGGGAGCUUAAGUUCUGAAGCAAAAUUAACUAUAAUUGUCACUGAUGUCAAUGACAAUGCUCCAAAAUUUAAUGAGAUUAUAAUUCCACUUGGAGAAAAUAUAGACCUAUUAGAAAAUUCUGGAAGAAAUCAUAUUAAAAUAUACAGGGAAAUGAAAAAUACUACAGGUAUCAUAUACAACGUCGAAACGAAACCUAAAAAUAAAUUUGCCGUAACUAUUGAUUCCCCAUUAUUUGUAAUACCUGAAAAUAUUGCAAUCGGAUCAACCGUUUUGAGAAUGAAUGCUGUUGAUAUGGAUAAUGGUCCCAAUGGAAAUAUCCGUUAUGAAUUUCUAUCUGAAAUAUUCAUACCCCCUUUCUCGCUACCUUCCAGUGCCCUACAAGUUAAGAGAUAUUUUGUCGUAAAUGAAAGAUAUGGUAGUAUAAUUGCUGCUAGAGCCCUACCUCCCGAAUCAGAAUUUCGCCUUAAUAUUUCUGCUUCAGAUGGUGGACAACUUAGUGACACAAUCACAUUACGCUUAUUCAUAAAGGAUGUAAAUGACCACUUUCCGAUGUUUAAAAAAGCCUGGUAUAACUUUAAUGUCGAAGAAGCGCAGUAUACUAGACGAGUGUUAGGAAAAGUCGAUGCGACAGACGCCGAUUUUGGCCAAAAUUCUAAUAUAACAUAUUAUAUUGAACCAUCUAACAGUGACCUUCCAUUUGAAAUAUCACCUUUGAACGGUGUAUUUAGUGUCAAUGGUGAACUUGAUAGAGAAAAAGAAGAUAAGUAUGUUUUAACGGUAGUGGCAAUGGAUAACGGCCAAGAAAAAAAGUUAUCGUCAUCCGUUAGUGUAGAAGUACAGGUGUUGGAUGUGAAUGACAAUGCACCUCAGUUCUUUGCAUUUGAUGAUCUUUUAGAAUGGAAACAUCCGGACAAAGAUGAAAAUGUAAACCAUAAUUAUGAGUCUGUUAAAAUGAUUCCAGUAUAUAAAGCAACGUUGGAAGAGAAUUCACCGAUUGGUACCGUAGUCGCACGAGUAUAUGCCAACGAUACUGACUUUGUUGGAAACGGAAAUGGUUUAAUUCUUUGUAGUAUUCCACAGAGAAAAAAUCAUGUUAAUAUAUUUUCUAUUGAUUCUAAAGAAGGUAUUGUAACUACUACUACCAGAUUAGAUUACGAAAGUCAAUCCGUUCAUAAUAUUACUGUUAUUGCUUCUGAUCUCGGUUCUCCAAGUCUCAGUUCAACAGCUCUCAUUAUUUUAACAGUCAAAGAUAUCUCGGAUGAAGCAGAAGUGUCUGACAAGCCGGUAUUUAUUUCAAGAUAUUAUGAACUUGAGAUAGAAGAAAAUGUGCAAACUCCAGUUGAACUAGUCACAUUAAAUUUAACAGAAUAUUACGAGAACUUCAAAAUGAAAUAUUUUAUUUAUAAUGAGAAUGAUACUGAUAUAAAAAAGACUUUCGUAAUCGAUCCCCGGAAUGGAACCCUUUAUUUGAUAAGAAGUCCGGAUAGAGAGACGCGAGAUAUGUAUGAGGUCCUGGUAAGAGCAGAAAGACAGAAAAUAAGUCGUGAGUUACCCCAUAUGAUCUAUCCGGUUGGUGAUGAGGUUUUAGAGGGAAUGACAAAGUUUGACGUGAAAAUUGUUGUACGGAUUAAAGAUGUAAAUGAUAACGCGCCAAAGUUUAUAUACGGUGGACGUCCUAUGGUCACAGCUAUUCCUACCACGGCGCCAUUUGGUUAUGAAGUUAUACAGCUACGGGCUGUAGAUGCAGAUAUCGGUAUCAAUGCAGACAUACGCUAUCAAGUAAUAAAUUUAGAAGGCGGACGCUUUAGCGUAGAUCCUGUGACAGGGCGAGUUAGAGUUGCAGGAUCGUUUGCGAGAGAUGCUGGAAGAGUUAUCGGUUUCGAUGUAAAAGCCACAGAUAGAAAAGGUGCCGACGAUGGCCGAUCGGCAAUAGCUAAUGUAUUCGUUUACAUACUGGACGAAAAUAAACAACUUGUGAUAGUAGUGGCAGCGAAGCCCGUGGAAGUUGAAAAAGAAGUUUACAAUAUCACCCAGUAUCUCUCAAAUAUGACUGGAUUUGAUAUUCGAGUGAGAAGGCUCGAAACCAGUGUUAAGACUACUAUGGACGGUUAUGCAACUGAUAUAUACAUCUAUGCUAUCGAUCCUGUAUCAAACGCAAUUAUUGAUAUGGAGCUUUUGCAAAAGUCCUUAAUGAAGAGGGAAGUCGCUCUGCGGAAUAAUUUAGCCGGUUUCAAGGUAUUAGAAGUGGGUGACACAACAAUGGUUCAAGCAAGGAGCGCGCAAAUGUUUAGUACAAUGGAAAUAAGCGUAGUUGCGUUAGGUUGCCUCGUGUUUAUUGGGGCUUUUACUACAGCCAUUUGUAUUCUCUGCGUCAGGAAAAGUAAAAGAAAUCGUCACCAACCAUACUCCCAACAUCGACUUAACGCUUUCUCUGAUCAUCUAGCUAAAUACGGAGGCUUAUUUCCAUCGGGUAAUAACCAGUGCCAAGAGCUAAAUCAGUCUUAUAGUGAAGCUGACUCGUAUAUCGAUGUUAUUAAUCAAAAUACGACAAAGAAAAUAUGUCCACAUGGAAAUACGAUCGAAGAAUUUGGUAAAGCCCAUCAGAAGUGUUCCAAAGCACAAUUCGACAAUAUCAAUGGAUCAGAAUUAUUUAAUAAACACGAAAGAAUGUGUAUAAAGUUUAACCAAAGACCUUCAAAAAGGAAAGGACAAGACACAUCGAUAACAUCAGUGAAUUCCAGUGGACAAGACUCCGGCAUCGCUGAGGCUGGCAAGUGUCCCUGCGGCCACUCUUCACUGCAUACUUCUGAGGAGAGCAGUGGAUGCAGUUAUGAAGAUUCACUCAAAUCAAACCAUAAACAAGACCGUAAAUCUUAUCGCAAUGAAUCAGACAAUCGCUUCACCCGACGAGCCUCCUUCGGUCACCAGCCUCUCGACAUCCGAAGGUAUAACCAUCGGCGACAGUCUUUCUCCGAAAAUCUUCAGCGUCACUUUCCCUCAGUCGAAAGAGUAGGAUCUACAGCCAGAAUCACGCGACAAACAUCUACGCCGAAUGUUAACGCAACUCCAUCAUACUUUCUUAAUGGCAAGAAGAAUUACAGAAGAAAAGAAGUGAUCAAUGAACCAGUGAUCGAUUAUGACCACAGUGAGAAUGAAGAUCAUUUCGACACAAGACUUAAUAGAAAAUUGAGUAGUAGUCGUAAGGUCGGCAGUUUGGUUGAGUUAAAUGGACAACCGGCCGUUUUUGUCGCAGCGCCGGUAACUGCUGAUUUAAUGAGACGGCAGGGCAGCGACAGAUUAAUGUUUGCGAGACCCUUAUGA